CAUACACUCAUCUACCUUCACAGGCUUCAACGUGGAGCAAAAGAAAGUAAAAAACAAAGCAGAGCAAUGGACUCUGUUUCUUCUUCUUCCUUCAUCUCCACAUUCUCUCCUAAACCCUCUCUUCUUCGUCACCGAUCUUCCUCUCACCUUCUCCUCCGCAUCAACUCCGCCGUCAUCGAAGAACGUUCUCCGGCGACUAACCCAAGCGAAAACAAUGGUCGUCGUCGUCAAACCACUCUUCCUCCUAGAAAACCUAAAAAACUCCACAAUCAUCGGAAUCCUCACACCGCAAUCUCAUCUCCGGCGAAACUCCGACCAGAAAUGAAUCUCGCAACAGCUCUCUUCACCACCGUCGAAAACGUCAUCAACACGUUUAUCGACCCACCGUCACGUCCUUCCGUCGAUCCAAAACACGUUCUCUCCGAUAACUUCGCUCCUGUUCUCGACGAGCUUCCUCCAACAGACUGCGAGAUCAUUCACGGCGCUCUUCCUCCGUCUCUUGACGGCGCUUACAUCCGUAACGGCCCGAAUCCACAGUUCCUCCCUCGUGGUCCUUACCAUCUAUUCGACGGUGACGGUAUGCUCCACGCGAUUCGAAUCCGCCGUGGCAAAGCCACGCUCUGUAGCAGAUACGUCAAGACUUACAAGUAUAACGUGGAGAACAAGACCGGAGCUCCGGUUAUGCCUAAUGUGUUUUCCGGAUUUAACGGCGUACCGGCGUCUAUGGCUCGCGGAGCUUUAACGGCGGUUAGGGUUUUAGCUGGACAGUAUAAUCCAAUCAACGGCAUUGGAUUGGCUAAUACCAGCCUCGCUUUCUUCUGCAACCGUCUCUUCGCUUUGGGAGAAUCCGAUUUACCCUACGCCGUCCGAUUAACUUCCGGUGGAGAUAUCGAGACGAUCGGACGGUGUGAUUUCGACGGGAAGUUAGCGAUGAGCAUGACGGCUCACCCGAAAACCGAUCCUGAAACCGGAGAGACUUUCGCGUUCCGGUACGGUCCGGUUCCGCCAUUUCUAACGUUUUUCCGGUUCGAUUCCGCCGGUAGGAAACAGAGAGACGUACCGGUUUUCUCGAUGACGUCUCCGUCUUUCUUACACGACUUCGCGAUCACGAAACGUCACGCGAUUUUCGCGGAGAUUCAGCUCGGGAUGAGGAUGAAUCCGAUGGAUCUGGUGUUUGAAGGAGGAUCUCCGGUUGGUACAGAUAACGGAAAAACGCCGAGGAUCGGAGUGAUUCCGCGCUACGCCGGAGACGAAUCGGAGAUGAAAUGGUUCGAGGUUCCUGGAUUCAACAUCAUUCACGCCAUUAACGCUUGGGACGAAGACGAUGGAGAUUCGAUCGUUUUAAUUGCUCCGAAUAUUAUGUCGAUUGAGCAUACUCUGGAGAGGAUGGAUCUGGUUCACGCUUUGGUGGAGAAGGUGAAGAUCGAUCUCGUCACCGGAAUCGUGACACGUCAUCCGAUCUCCGCCAGGAACCUCGAUUUCGCCGUUGUUAAUCCGGAUUUUGUCGGGAGACGGAGCCGGUAUAUUUACGCGGCGAUCGGAGAUCCGAUGCCGAAGAUCUCUGGAGUGGUGAAGCUCGACGUGAGCAAAGGAGAUCGGGACGAUUGCACGGUGGCGCGUAGAAUGUACGGGACAGGUUGUUACGGUGGCGAGCCGUUUUUCGUGGCUAGGGAUCCUGGUAAUCCGGAGGCGGAGGAGGAUGAUGGUUACGUGGUGACGUAUGUUCACGACGAAGUGGCCGGAGAAUCGAGGUUUCUGGUCAUGGAUGCGAAAUCGCCGGAGCUUGAAAUCGUCGCCGCCGUGAGGUUGCCGCGAAGGGUACCGUACGGAUUCCACGGGCUAUUUGUGAAGGAGAGUGACCUUAGUAAGCUUUAACUAUAGUCUAUAGGUAACUAAAACAGGUUUAUACAAUAAUUAAGUGUUCUUAAUCAUGUUCGAUACAGUGGAAACAAAACACACAGUGUUGUUACAUUUUAAACAUUAAAGUAUACAUAGUUUGGUGGUGGUCGAUGUAUAUAAAAAUAUAUCAAAGCUUAUAAAGAUUCUUCUUUCUUUUAAAUA